AUUUUGCGCAAUCAUUGAGUUUUUGAUGAAAAAAUGCUUAGAAAUGAUAAAUUUUUGGACUUUUUGGACCAAAUUUGGUGACUUUUUCGUUCUAGUUAAAUAAACACAGGUAGAAAAACUAGAUUUUUGAUCUAAAACUGUGUUCAAAUACUCAUAACUUGCAAAAAUAUUGUCAUUUUUGCAAUAAUUUUAUGACCUUUUGGCUUACUUUUUAAGAAAUUUUGCGCAAUCAUUGAUAUUUUGGUGAAAAAACGCUUAGAAAAGAUAAAUUUUUGGAUUUUUUGAUCAAAAUUGGUGACUUUUUCGUUCUAGUUUAAUAAACACAAGUAGAAAAACUUGAUUUUUGGUCUAAAACUGAGUUCAAAUACUCAGAACUUGCAAAAAUAUUGUCAUUUUUGCUAUAAUUUUGUGAUUUAUUGGCUUAACUUUUAAGAAAUUUUGCGCAAUCAUGGAGUUUUUGGUGACAAAACACUUAGAAAAGGUAAAUUUUUGGUAUUUUUGGACCAAAUUUGGUGACUUUUUCGUUCUAGUUAAAUAAACACAGGUAGAAAAACUAGAUUUUUGGUCUAAAACUGUGUUCAAAUACUCAGAACUUGCGAAAAUAUUGUCAUUUUUGCAAUAAUUUUAUGAUCUUUUGGCUUACUUUUUAAGAAAUUUUGCGCAAUCAUUGAUAUUUUGGUGAAAAAACGCUUAGAAAAGAUAAAUUUUUGGAUUUUUGGACCAAAUUUGGUGACUUUUUCAUUCUAGUUAAAUAAACACAGGUAGAAAAACUAGAUUUUUGGUCUAAAACCGUGUUUAAAUACUCAGAACUUGCAAAAAUAUUGUCAUUUUUGCUAGAAUUUUAUGAUUUAUUGGCUUACUUUUUAAGAAAUUUGACGCAGUCAUUAAGUUUUUGGUGAAAAAUCUCUUAGAAAAGGUAAAUUUUUGGACUUUUUGGACCAAAAUUGGUGACUUUUUCAUAAACACAGGAAGAAAAACUUGAUUUUUAGUCUCAGAACUUGCAAAAAUAAUGUAAUUUUUGCCAUAAUUCUGCGAUUUAUUUAUUUAAUGCAAAAUUUUUUGAGCCAACCUUGAUCAUAAUUUUAAUUAAGCACAUUAUUUUUUGAAAUGCAAAUUGUUUUUAUCAAGUUGUAAGAAUUGUUUUAAUCUCAAACAUUAAAAAAAGACCUAAGAGCGGAAGCUUUUUUAAUGAUAUACGUGAGAAAGAUUCAAUUAAUAAAUAAAUAAAAAAAAAGUUUUGGCUUAAAAUGAUAUACUUAACUUAAAAGUAGCGCCAUCUACAAUCAUUUCUUUUGCGUAAUUAAAAUUUUUUAAUGCAAGUCUAUGUUUCGACCAAAGAGCGGAAGAUUUUUUCGAUGAUACGUGAGAAAGAUUAGAUAAUUUUUAUGAUCAUCGAUAUUAUAAUAAAACUGAACUUCACCUGAUGAUGAUGAAAAGUUACGGUGCAUUUUUUGUCGAAAUUUUCACAGUUGGUAGUCCAUUAUUUAAUUGUCCAAAAGGCAUUUAGAGAUAUUAUUUAAUUUAUUUAAUGUAAAAAUGACAUAUACAUAUUUUUUUGUGAUUUUCCUGUAACUUAGUUGUUUUUCGCGACGUAUGUAAUAAAUAAAUCCGAUUAAUUCUAACACUGCCAAUUAUUGAUUUCCCGGCUUCCGGUGUCGCAAGGAAACCCAUAAAUACUUAAUUUUUCCCAACUUAAUUCACAUCCUAAUCCAGUAAACCUCCCCCAAUGGAAAACAAGGGACUUUUCCAUCGGUACGUCCACAUUUCCACCUUUUCCCACCAUUUAGAACCAAAUUUUAGACUUUUAUGGUCCUGCAUUUACAUCAUUUUAAUCGUGUACACAAUUUACAUGGUGGUCACACUUUGGGACAAGUUUUUAAUCCACCCAACGGUCACAACACUAGUUAGUUCGACAUUUCCCGUAAACCAAGUCCCAUUCCCGGGAGUUGCAGUUUGUAGCAUAAACAAAAUCAGCAAAAAACGGGCACAAAACCUGGCAUUUGCCUUGGCAAAUCAGACCAAAAAAAGCCCAGAGGAGGUCAUGGCAUUUUUACAUUUUACGGGCCAAUUGUACGAUUUUGAUUUCCAACCGGACACAGUCUCCAAAUUGCUACUUUUCCAAAACAUUCUCGACUCUUUGAACAUCAAAAUUGACGAUUUGGCCCGAGAAAUGGUCACUCCGUGCGAGGAUUUAUUAUCUAGUUGCUUGUGGCGCAACAUGGAAGUCAACUGUUCGACGAUUUUUUACCAAAGACUGACCUAUGACGGCUUUUGUUGCGUCUUUAAUUACGUCAAAUUCACCCAAGAACUGACGUACGAAAUUGACCAAAAGCCCGUAACUACGGACGCAGGCGUCGAAAAUGGGCUUUUUGUUGCGGUUAAUAACAAUCUACAGGACUAUUUUUACACAACCAUAUCAGCAGUUGGAGUUAUAAUACAUAUUUUUGUGCCGACCGAUUAUCCGGAUAAAUCAAGCGGCGGCUUAACCGAAAUUCUCACUCAUCCGAAUUCGGAAAAUUUCGUCGAAAUCGUACCAACGACCUUGACCUCGGUGCGAGACGUCGCCGACUAUUCGCUAGAAAAACGCCAAUGUCUUUUUGACCACGAACGCUACACCAGUUUUGGUACAACUUACUCGCAAAGCGACUGUAAUAUAGAAUGUCGCACUAUGAGUAUAUAUGCCAUGUGUCAAUGUAUACCGUUUCUUAUACCACUCAGUAACAGCAGCAAUGUGUGCACGUUGGCCGACGUUGCGUGUCUUAACAGAUAUAAAGAGAAGUGGACUUCGCUCUUUCCGGACGACCUUGAGCCAGGCCCGUAUUUGCAAAAAGAGCGCCAAGAUUCGCUACGUUGCGAUAAUAAAUGUUACUCGUCAUGUGCUGAAACGGUGUACGAGGCCCAUGCCAAUUCUUUCCCAAUUUUGAAUAAAACGGACAACAACGUUACUCGAAUUUUUGUGUAUUAUUCGGGCAGGUUUUCAAAGUUGUACCUUCAAGACGUUGUCUAUUACUGGUUCGAAGUUUUGAGCAAUUUUGGCGGCAUUUUUGGAAUAUUUGUUGGUUGGAGUUUGAUAUUUAUUAUACAAUUGUCGGCCUAUUACACGCGAAAAAUCCUAGAGAAAGUACUUAAAACAGUGAUGACAUUGAUUUUAAACACUUAGAUACGAAAAGUAGUAAGAAAGCCUUUUCAGAAUACUUUGAUUUUUUGCCCUGUUUUUAAAGUAUAUUUAAAAAUUAAUAUUUUUUCAAAGAUUUCGCCCUGUUUUUAUAUUGAGCACAAAAAUGAAUAAGGUUUCAUCUGAGCCAGUGGCGGAACUAGGGGUGGGCUCAUGAGGGUCCAUAUUUAGUUUCAUUUUGUCUGCUUUUUGCUGUUGGAUCUCAACCCACUCUUUUAUUAUUUAUAAAAUAUAUAUUUAAAUAAUAAUUUAAAAUGUAAAUAAUAAAUAUAAUAAAUGAUAAUAAAUAAUAAUAAAUAAUAAAUAAUAAAUUAAAUAUAAUUAUGAUAUAUUUGCUAUUUAUACUAACGGAAUUAAUCUUUUCGGACGUUACAUAAUUUAACGUAAAUCCUUUUAUUCUACAAACAUUACCUGUAUUACUCUUAUAACAAUAACAAAUGCGUCUUAA